CUUUUUUCACAUACCACAACCGUCAGCUACACUCCUCGUAGAGUCGUAGCAGCCUCAGAAAGUGUUUGACUCCUUUCCUUUGUCGUAGACAGAACCAAAACGGUGCCUGUUUCGGUAAUUCACCAGCCGCCUUCUUUUUUCACCGCCUCAAAAAUUCUUUAGUCCUCUAUAAAUUCUCGACGCCUCUGCCUCAUCCUAAACUCUCUCAGGCUCUCUCCCUGUUUUGUGCAAUCAACCCCUCUGCUUCUCCUAUAAAGAUAUCAUAGUUUUUUCUUUAAUAAUCCUCUGUAAUCAUGUUGGUCUAUCAAGAUCUUCUUACUGGUGAUGAGCUUCUCUCUGAUUCAUUCCCAUACAAGGAAAUUGAGAAUGGAGUGCUUUGGGAAGUGGAAGGAAAGUGGGUUGUUCAAGGAUCAAUUGAUGUAGACAUUGGUGCUAACCCUUCUGCAGAGGGUGGAGAUGAUGAAGGUGUUGAUGAUCAGGCUGUCAAGGUUGUUGAUAUCGUCGACACUUUUAGGCUCCAGGAGCAACCUGCUUUUGACAAGAAGCAAUUCGUUACCUACAUUAAGAGGUACAUUAAGUUGCUGACACCCAAAUUGGAGCCAGAACAGCAAGAGGUGUUCAAGAAGAACAUUGAGGGAGCUACUAAGUUCCUGUUUCCAAAGCUCAAGGACUUCCAAUUCUUUGUUGGGGAGAGCAUGCACGAUGAUUGCAGUCUGGUGCUUGCAUACUACAAGGAAGGUGCUACUGAUCCAACUUUUCUCUACUUUGCUCAUGGCUUGAAGGAAGUCAAGUGUUAAACCAGUCUCUUAACAGAUAGCCACUGCACAGCCACCUUUGAGAUGAAUGUGGUCUCUGUAGUAUUAGAAUUUUAGUAAAAGCUUUUCAAAAUUUAUAUAACAUAGAAAUAUACCGUUGGGACUUUGAUGACAGUUUUGGAGUGGCAUGUUAAAUUCUUUCUUCUUAGAUAUUUUCAUGGGACAAGGUUUUAUUAUAUACUUUACUUAAUGGAGGAAUAAGAUGCAAUUACUUA